GUAACAUCAACAUCCGGUUGAGGCAAAACCGAGCGAAAAUAUGACGGAUAGGUUAGGUAUCGUUUUAUAUAUCGGUAUAUAGUCAUCAAAUUAUAGAAAUAUUGAUUGAGUAAUAAAAAAACAAAAUGUCGCGAGCUGCCGUGUCUAAAUCACGGGCAGACAAGGGUUCUAAGCCUCCACCAGCUCAUACACCUGUAGUUGCACAUGAAAUCGUACCUGGAAAAUUCACAGAUCAAGACUGGAAUUUUAUGCUUGAUAAAGAUGGAUCAGAGGACUUCAUUGAGGAUAUCAUGGAGGAAUUGGUGGACACCACCAUGGAUAAAAUCUAUGAUAUCUAUAUAGAUAAACAACUUCUCCCUUUCACAGUCACAAUGGCAAAAGAUGCAAUUCUUCAAAUCAUUGAUUGGCAGUUCUUAGCAAGAGACGAAGGGGAAGUAAAUAUUGAAACUGAUGCUGGAUGGAUGGAAGAUGAGGAGCCUGACCCUGCAUCCACUGAUUGCUGGGCCCAGGGAUCUGUACCCAAACAAAUCAUUCCUCCAAGACCCAUGUCUCCUGUGGCAGAAAUCUUUGAAGAGAGACCGGAUGAUGAAGAUGAAGAUGUUUCACCACUACCACCACAAAAAGAAAAUACGAUGGUGGAGGAAGAAGCUGCAGAGAUGGAAGAUAAAGUAUCAGAAGCAGAGGAAGAGAGUGCUGAUCAGAAAGCCAAAAGCAAGCCCAAAGAGGAAAAGAAAGAGAAGAAGAGAUUUAAGUUCAAGCCAUACAAGGGACGACUGGGUUCCAGCCAUGUCGGUAGGAUGUCCGAGUCCCUGGAGGAGACAGAGAUGAAGAUGAUUGCUGCAGAAAUUGAGGCUAGUCUGGAGUUUAAACAAAUGGACAAAGCCAGUGGCAUACUCAACAUGCCAGCAUCUUGUCAUUCAAUUCUCAAAGUCCAGUCUGGGAGACCGCCAGGAAACAAAGAAGUGAUGUACGAUGAUAUGGGCAAUGUUGUUGCUGUAAUCAAACUAAACCCAGAAAAACUACCAUCUCACAAAGUGAAAGUUAAUUAUCAAGUAGUAGACCCCUCAGUGGAAGCAGCUCAAGCAAGACUAGAGGCCAUGCGCCAUGGCAAAUUUAUGAAAAUAAAAUUAAAGAAAAAGAGGACAUCCCCAGAAGAAUCACUGGAUAAAUCUUUUGAUAGUGUUUCAAUAAAGCAAGGAGAUGCAAAAACUGAGUUACCUCCCCCUAUGAUCGAGUCCAUGGAUCUUGCUGCUGGGGUCACAGUUAAGGAGGGUGGAAGAGUUAGAAGGGGACCAAAGAGGUAUAUAAGGAAAUCGGAUGUUUUAUCAACAAAUCUACAAGGAUUGCAUCCUGUGGCUAACAAGACUGCCAAGCCUGCGCUGGAGGUCGCCGAUCUGCUAGACAGACACACCCCCAUCCUUAGACCAAUCAGAGACUCUCCCCCGUUACCCCCUAUUUUACCCCACCCUCCUAGUCAGCCCCGAAUAUCAACUUAAAAAAUGAAUCAGAACUGUGUGAUUCAGAGGCUUGACAAUUUAAGAUCUGCUUUGUUAUUUUCAGGAAAUUUCUGGAAAAAACAACUCAACAAAUUAUUACAAACAUGCACAUGUGACCAUGUUGUUAUAUAAUUGUAUACAGUUUAUGAUAUAAUAGUACUACAUAUUGUGCACAUGUUAAAUUCUGCUUGACAGCCAUAUCAUGUUCUUUAUGAUAGAACUGUCUCCUGUGAUAUUUAUACCACUUAGAUAAUUUACUGUGAAUAUUGAUGUGAGAAAAGUGAUCAUUUGAUUGUUACAAUAAAUUUUUAUAUAUUAAU